AUGAAUCCAUCCAAGUGUUAUGGAUGCACUUACCUGUUCCUCUUUGUUGUGGUGGUUGUGGGAUGGCAUGAUCUGGAUAACAGUGAGUAUGACUGCUGGCCGCUGGAAAAACCAGACGAGUGGAACAUGAUCGACUGUGGAGGAUUAGAGAUGGCCUGGGUGUUGCGUCCUCCAGAGAAAGUUCUGAGCGGUGAGGAGUUCAACGUCAUUUACUCAGUAACAGUUAAUGACGAGUUUUACCAGUGGGCCGUGGAGCAUGACAUAUUCAUUCACAGGUCGAUCACAGACGCUGCAGAAGCUCGGCAUUUCUGUGAACAUCAAGAGUGUCCCAAUAACUGGAAAGAUGCAAACGGAGAGAACUGCUGCAUUCACCAUGCUAACAUCCACUCCUGCCCUAUGGGUUACAUGGAGAGGAUCUGUGGUCCAUGGAUUCCUGAUGACGGCAGAAUCUUCACACACACCAUCUCUACAUCAGGCAAAAUGACCCAAACCAACUGGACUGCUAAGGUGGUUCUGUUCCACGAGGGUCUGACGUCUCUGAUUGCACACAUCCGUGUGGGGAACAUGCAGGUGGCUCUGGAGGCCAAGAGUACCGUCCUACCCACCAUCAUGUGUGGUGACGGUAUGUGUGAGGAAGAGGAGAGCUGCUCCACGUGUCCAGCUGACUGUGGUGAUUGUCCUCUCAGUGCUUCAGUACAUGCUGCUAUUGGGCUAAUUGUGACCAUCAUCAUCAUCAGCUUCUUCAUAACUGCUAUGUGGUUUAGGCAUCAAAAACAGAAGUUGUUGUGGGAUGAGAGCUGGAUCAUAGACUUCAGCGAAAUAAAACAGGACCACAUUGCCCGGGUGGGGAUGGGCAGUAUAAUCAGCGUUCCAGCGGUGAACUGUGACUCCAAUGCCAGCUGUGUGACAGGACUCAGCUCCUGCACUGGCAUUCCAGCCUCACGUAAACAACUGUACACACAAACUGGCAUCUAUGACGGACGAACCGUUGCCAUUAAGAAGAUUAAAACAAAGACGUUUUCUUUGUCAAAGGUCAUCAGACAGGAAGUCAAGCAAGUCAGAGAACUCGACCAUCCAAACCUGUGCAAGUUUUUUGGCGGUUGCGUAGAGGUGCCCAAUGUUGCCAUAGUAACUGAGUACUGUCCCAAAGGCAGCCUGAGCGAUGUGCUGCUGAACGAAGAGAUCCCGCUGAACUGGGGCUUCAGGUUCUCGUUUGCAACAGAUAUCGCACGUGGAAUGUCGUACCUGCACCAGCACAAGAUCUGUCACGGCGGACUCAAAUCAUCUAACUGUGUUAUCGAUGACCGCUGGGUGUGUAAGAUCACAGAUUAUGGCCUGUGUGCAUAUCGGCGUGAAGAUUGUGCUGAGCCACUCACCACCUACCAGUUGAGGCUGAGGGAAGUGUACAUUCCUCCUGAAGCCCAGAACGGCAACCUGGAGCCCACACUGAGUGGAGAUGUGUUCAGUUACUCCAUCAUUCUGCUGGAGAUCGCCACGAGGAGUGACCCUGUCCCUGUGGAGGACAGUUCCGUAGAGUGUGCUUGGUGUCCUCCACUUCCUGAACUGAUUUCUGGGAAAGUUGAUAACACCUGUCCCUGUCCUGCUGAGUAUGCAGAGCUGAUUCGUCGAUGCCGUUCACAUAACCCCACCCACAGGCCGACCUUCGAGCAAAUCAGAAAGUUUGUUCACAGAAUCAACCCUCACAAAGUCAGUCCAGUGGAUAUGAUGAUGAACCUGAUGGAGAAGUACAGUAAACACCUGGAGGUUCUGGUGGCAGAGCGCACACAGGAUCUAAUGCAUGAGAAACAGAAAACUGACCGACUGCUGUACAGUAUGCUGCCGAAGCAGGUAGCUGAUGAUCUCAGGCAGGGGAAACACUCUCAGGCUCAGAGCUACGUCAGUGCUACUGUAUUCUUCAGUGAUAUAGUGGGAUUCACGCAGUUGUCCAGCACCAGCACUCCAUACCAGGUUGUCGACUUACUGAACAAACUCUACACAACUUUCGAUGAAAUCAUUGAUAAUUACGACGUCUACAAAGUGGAGACCAUUGGAGACGCCUAUAUGGUGGUGUCGGGUGUACCACGUGAGAACAAGAUCCUCCACGCGUCGGAAAUUGCUAGCAUGGCUCUGGAUCUGGUGUGUGUGUGCAAAACGUUCAGGAUCCCACACAAACCCCAAACACAGCUACAGAUACGUGCAGGAAUACACUCAGGCCCAGUGGUGGCCGGUGUGGUUGGGACUAAAAUGCCGCGUUACUGUUUGUUUGGAGACACUGUAAACACAGCAUCACGCAUGGAGUCCACGAGUGAAGCUUUGAAGAUCCAGUGCAGUUCCAGUGCCUUCUACCUGCUGGAGGAGAUCGGGGGGUACACACUCACCUGCAGAGGAGUGUUACAGGUCAAGGGAAAAGGAGACAUGGUGACGUACUGGUUGGAGGGGAAGCAGUCCGUGAAGGUCAGUAAGGAGAAUAAGGAGACUAAGGAGACAAGAGUGGAUGAUGUAGACAGAGAGGAGUUUAAUCUUCUCCCUGGAGUCUGCAACAACAACUACGAUGACAACACCACCAGCAACAAACUGCCAUCUGACCCCAACUAA